CUUAUCAGUGACACACACACACACAAACCUGCUCUCCAUUUGACCCUUAAUCACUCUCUUAAGCACUCUCUGCGUCUUUUAUCUCUUUCAGAAAUCAUGCUUCUAAGAGCUCCACCGACUAUCUUCUUGCGGAACGGUGCCACCGUAGGCUCCGGGGAUAAUUUCAAUGGUUCUAAGCUAUCAUCCUCCUCUGUUUCACCUCCGUCGGUUAUCAUUUGUGCGGCGGCGAAAGGCGGAUCUUCGAAUAAUAGGCCGAUUACAGGCGUUGUGUUUGAGCCGUUUGAGGAGGUCAAAAAGGAGCUCAAUCUCGUCCCUACUGUUCCUCAACAGUCUCUUGCUCGUCAAAAGUACGCUGAUGAUUCCGAGGCCGUUAUUAACGAACAGAUCAAUGUCGAGUACAAUGUUUCAUAUGUGUACCAUGCUAUGUAUGCCUACUUUGAUAGGGACAACGUUGCUCUCAAGGGCAUAGCCAAGUUCUUUAAGGAAUCCAGUGAGGAAGAAAGAGAACAUGCUGAGAAGUUUAUGGAGUACCAGAACAAACGUGGUGGGAAGGUGAAGCUGCAAUCCAUUUUAAUGCCAUUGUCUGAUUUUGAUCAUGCAGAGAAAGGAGAUGCACUUUAUGCCAUGGAGCUUGCAUUAUCACUGGAGAAGUUGACAAAUGAGAAGCUCCUUCAUGUCCAUGCGGUAGCCAACAAGAACAAUGACGUACAAUUAGCUGAUUUUGUUGAAAGCGAGUUCUUGGGUGAACAGGUUGAGGCGAUUAAGAAGAUAUCUGAAUAUGUUGCUCAGCUAAGAAGAGUUGGGAAAGGACAUGGAGUUUGGCAUUUUGAUCAGAUGCUGCUCAACGAAGGUGCUGCUGUCUAAGUGUAACCCCGAUUAAAGUGAUGGUGCAAUAGCAAUAUAUAUAUAUAUAUAUAUAGAGAGAGAGAGAGAGAGACUAGCUGUCUAUUCCCUUCCCCCUAUUAAGCUUUUUGUUACAAAUGCUUUUCACGUAUUUAUCUUAUUUUGGUUCUCAAGUGUAAGGGUUUAUAUAUUUGGUAUUUCAAUAAUCACAACCAUGGAAAUUGGAGUUUUGUCAUAUUUUCGAAUAGCUGUUUGUUGUAAGUUUAUGACACGAUUAUAAAACUAAUCCUGCCCCUUCUAAAUAA